GACCCCCCCACAGAGGACCCGAGUCUGACGGCGCCUCGCUGCGCCGCCUCCGCUCUGUUGCGUGUUGGUGGAAAGAGCUGGAAUCUGGUGUCACAGAUAGCAUGGCCAGAUCAUCUCCGGUGGAAAAUGGUGCAUACUCUAUGUGACCACACGCAUCAGCAGACUGUGGUCUGCAUCUGCCAUACAAAGGCCCUCAUUAUGCUGCUUAUUAUUUCCACCCACCAACAAGGAAACCUUCUCAGAUUAAUUAACAAAUGGGGAAAAAUUGUGUCACUCGAAGCUGUGUUAGAGGAAAGGUGGCGCCCUAAUUAAUGGUCAUUCUAGCCCCAGCUUUGAGUUACACUGCAGCUGUCUGUCCAACUGAAAUCCUCUGGAGAGGAAUGCCAGCCUCCUCCGCCUCGGUCAGCCUGGAAGCGUUUGCUUCUUUUGGAUUUAUUGAUGCCCUCCUCCAUCACAGGUGUCAUCUUUUUUCUUUCUUUAAAGGCUAUGGAGUUCUAGUCUUACUUUAUAGUAUCGUCUCAUCCUGAAUGAUGGCCACCUCAAGUGGCAAAGGAGAAAAGGGGUCCAAAUUUGAGACCCUGAAGCUUUUGGAGAAAUGCACGAAGGAGCGGGACGAGGCUCUGCAGAGAGAAAGUGCUCUGAAAGAAAAAGUCAGACAGUAUGAGGCCAGGAUGCGCUCCACCGAGGCUCUUAAACAGAAACUCAAGACGCUGACCAUGGACAACAAGGAGCUGAGGAAACAGGUGAAGGCUCUGCGGACUGAGAUUGGGCUUGAGAACAGCCCUACAUUCAGUGGGAAGACCACAAAGGACAUAGUCAACGACCUGCAUGAAAAGGAGCGCGAGUGCAACUCUCUGGUGGAAAAGACGGGAAAGCUGACCCUGACCGUGGAUGAGCUGACGGCAGAGCUGUCCAACACCGUCACCUCUAAGGCACUCCUAGAAGAACAAGUGCAGUCCUUGCAGCAAAACCUCAAGGAUAUGACCAAUAAUCAGCGACGACUUCUGAAGUUGUGGGAGGACAAGAAGAGCCAGAGGGAGCAGCUGGCCCUGCCUUCAAUCAUCCAGAAAUCUCCCAUGCAUAAGGAGGUCCAAACUGACAUGUCCAUCAACUCAUCCCAGAAGCUUCCCGAGCACGCUUUCAACACCAAACCCUUUUCCUUGGACAGUGACCAAAAGCCUUUCUGGGACCAACACAGUCUGCCAUCCUACGGAAACAACUAUCAUCACGACAAACAGAUUUUAAUGCACGACGAAGCUUCUGCAGUCCAGAACUGAGGGGCUCAGAGACCGAGGUCACCAACAUACGAGAUGAUUCUCUCCAAACAAGAGCAACUUCCUGCAGUAAACUGCCUCCUGGAUGGAUCAUUGUGAAUGUUUCUGCUGUUUUAAUGAAAUUCUUUAACAAAUACAGAUGUCAGCUGCUGCUCUUUAAAUAAUUGAACCAGUUCAAGUUUGUCUCAUUUAUUCAUGGACAGGCUCAGGUUUUAAAAGGGAUUUAUUUAUCAGGACGAAAAUGCUUCUUUUGAAUCGAAUGCUAAUGUCUGCUGCCUUAAUAAAACACAACAAGCUAAAUAAAUAAAAAAAAAGUUAAAAUUCCACUGUUGUUCUUUAUGAUGAGUCAAAGUGUUCGCAAAAAGCACAUAUUUUAUUGAAUGGACUAAUAAAAUAAACUCACUUAACUACAUCAAAAAUAAAAUCGAAUCACGUGCAUUAAAU